AUGGCUGUGAGGGACCUGGUGGUGGUGGUGGUGGCAGCAGUGGUGACUCUGGUUGCUGCCGGCGGGGCAGAGCUGAAUGAAGAGAGUGGCCUGAGAAAGCCGGUGUGUGCGGACAUGGUUGACCUGCAGGCCUGCCCCCUCCUGUACUUGCCUAUCUGUGGGACCGACGGGAAUACCUAUGCAAAUGAAUGCCAGCUCUGUGUGGAGCAAAUGAAAACCAGGCAAGACAUCCGGAUUCUGAAAGAUGGGGAGUGUCAAAAUACCUGAGUUUUCUGAUAGCUUUCCUG